AUUCCAAUAUACUGCGACUCUUNCGUUCAAAAGCCUGGGGAGUUUAUAAUAACUUUCCCUAGAGCAUAUCAUGCUGGCUUCAGUCAUGGUUUCAAUUGUGGAGAAGCAGUGAAUUUUGCAAUUGGUGAUUGGUUUCCGUUAGGGGCUAUUGCUAGCAGAAGAUAUGCACUUCUUAACAGGGUUCCUUUACUGCCCCAUGAAGAACUUCUAUGCAAAGAAGCAAUGCUUCUCCGUACAUGCUUGGAACUUGAAGAUUCGGAUUUUCCCUCUUCAGACUCUCUUUCUCAUAAUAGCAUUAAGAUUUCAUUUGUUAACUUGAUGCGAUUCCAGCAUUGCGCGCGAUGGUUUCUAACGAAAUCAAGGGCUUGUAUAAGCGUCUCUUCUCAUUCCCAUGGCACAAUUCUCUGUAGCCUUUGCAAACGUGACUGUUACGUAGCUUAUGUUGAUUGCAACUGUCAUAUGCAUCCUGUAUGCCUACGUCACGAUGUUGAUUCUCUUGACUUCACCUGUGGGAGCAAACACACACUUUAUUUGAGGGAGGAUAUUAUGGAUAUGGAAGCCGCAGCCAAGAUGUUUGAGCAGGAAGAUGGGAUAUCACAUGAGAUAAGGAAGCAAACCAAUAGUGGUCAAAACAUGUAUGCAUAUCCUUUGUCAAAUAUGUUUCAGAGAGCCGAGGCAAAUGGAUACAUUCCUUAUUGUGAGCUAAAACUUGAUUCUGUUGUUGAAUUUUAUACAACUCCAGAGCACUCAACAAAUAAUCAAGAAUACAGUACACAGAAUCAAUCUGUCUUUGUACAUUGCUCUGAAAAUCAAAUACCAUUGGUGUCUGACGUUUCCUUUUCUUCAGCCACAUCCACUCUUUCUGAAUCCCUUGAGAGCUUCUCUACUCCCAAAAAUGCUGAAGGGCAUACAAAUAUCAAUUUAGGAGGAGGUAUUGUUGAUUUUGAGGAUUUUGGUGAAAGAAUACCCAACAGUGCAUGUGAAUCUUCGUUAUCCCCUGCUGUGUGCCAUGAAAGCUCGAUUAAACCACAGAGUGUUGUUCAGAGAGUUGAUACAAAGCCCAUCGCGGACGAGAGUGAUUCUGAUUCAGAGAUGUUUAGGGUAAAGCGCCCUUCUUCUCUGAAAGCAGAGAGGAGAAAUAUGAAUGAUGUCACGUCUUCAAAGCAGACUGAGCAGCAGGGACUAAAACGGCUGAAGAAAGUCCUUCCUGAAGGAAGGAGUGAUCAACCAAUGGAUUUCAGAACUCAGGAGUUAAGUUACAAACAUGUUAGCCAUAAAAGUCGUGUUCAAGUCUCCUCCAGGGACAGAUUUGCAAGGGGUAAUGGCAUUCCCAUUUCGAUAAGAUAUAAGAAGUUAGGAAACGAGGAAAUAAGUAUGCAACGAGAUCACCACCAACACCGGAAAGAUAGGUUCUUGCAGCAACAGACAUUUAGGGAACCGCCUUCCAUUGAGAUUGAGCCAAAGCGCCUUAAAGUCCGAGGCCCUUCGUUUUUAGGCUUAGAGAGCAGAUUGAAUUGAUGUUUCAAGUUGGCUCGAAAGGAUUGUGAAACGCGAUCAAGAGUCUGAAUUUGCUAACUUCAUUUAGCUUAUGGGCUUUCUAACAAUACACUAAAUCCAAAUGAUUGAUUAAGGGAGGAAGCAGCGGCAAGAUAUUAACGUAUUAGGAUAUGAAAAUUACAUUCUUUGUGCAGGCCAACAUUUGGAAUCUGCACGGGUGGUGAUCCUUUGGGUUCUCACGCCGAGGUGUUUUUCCAACUUUGGUUGGUGAACCUGACUUGCAAAGUUAGGACUUAGAAAUCGGGUUAGCGACAUUUAUUUCCAUGUAAAUUUGUAUUUUUCUUCUCACCUGUUGUUUAGGUCUUGUUAGGAACGUGGUCUCCAUUGUUUUCUCAUUAAAUUCUAUCAGCUGCUUCCCCUUCUGAUGUUAAUCCAUUCUUUUUGUAGCAAUAGGUCCUUUGUACCUAGAACUACUUGAAUAAAGUUCAAGGAAAUUUCUCAUUUUCUCUCAA